AAGCCGUCAGCCCCUAAUUGGUCUGCCAGGCCUGAAUCCAUUGCUUUUUUGAGACCUGGACCCCUCUCGAAGUCAGGGCAAGAGGGCUUCCAAUGCUGUUGACAGUACACCACAUGGCGAUAUCAGCAUGCGUGGCGCAUUCAACGAAGCAGUAUAAUUUGGUAUCAGUGUCUUUUCGACGCGCGAGCUGGCGAAGGAGGCGUUACGUAUCAGGAACAAAUGGGUUUAGGGCGUCAAGAUUUUCCUCCACAAACCAACCAUUGUCGCGGACGAUCCAAGGACCAGCUUUUCACUACGCCCUUCUCGAUCAAAAGCAAUAAACAUCGGGAAUAUCGACACUGGGCUGUUAAGCUGCAAAGGGAAAGUAUCACCGUAAUGAGGCUGUCUGGCGACUUCGUGAUUGGCGGGAUUCGGGACACCCGGCCGGCUUGGCUCUCGAAGUCCGCUCUUGAGGUUUUACGCACAGUCUUUUUUUUUUUUUUUUUUUUCGUUUUGAUUAUGACAUGCAUCUGCUAUGAUUGCGCACAUGAGAGCGGAGAAAAUCGAAUUGUUCCCAGAAAAAGUCGACAAGUCAGGCACGGGCAUUCCUCGAGAAUUUACUUCCGUCGUCGUUUGUCACUGUUACGGCAGCGCUGCGGCGAAGUGGAAGUCUUCGAUGACUUCAACCACGUCGUAGCAACGUCCGACCCGAGAAAGCUUUCACUAUGGUUGAAGAUCGGUGGAAUGGCUUUUUGAUCUUCGAUGCGACCCUUCACUGGGAAUGGGAUCCCUUAAGAUGAAGCCCGAUCGGAGCGGAGCCCGGCCUCUUUCAAUGGUGCCCUUCGUCAGGACUAAAGUGCCGGUGCCGUGGAACUGGGUACUGGCAUUUCCCUCCAUUGUUUGUGGACCAAACAACAGCUAGGGACCAAUUGUAUCUGCUGGAAACGACAAGGUCGUCAUCCGGUUAGUCGCCG